AUGGCACGCUACCGCCAAUAUCACAAUACCACUUCACUCGAUCAAACCAAGCCAUGGGGCUAUUCUCGGGGUCUGCAACUCGCUCGAGUCGAGCAGAUCCGUCUUCGAUCGCUCCGGAUGCACCGGGACGAAAACGUUUAUACCGGCGUUGGCACGCGCAAGCUUAGGCCGCGGCUUGACACCGCAACCGAGCGCGCGGGCUAUACCGGCAAACGUACGUUCUGGCUGGAGGCACCAUCCAUCCUCCUAGCGAAGUAUGAUCCGGACAAACGCCUUGAGGCGUUCACCCUCGCCAAUGCAUGCCGCCAUCGUAUGCCAGACACGUUGCUGCAUCAGAUCUGCACGUGGCGAUACAAGGCGUGGUUGGUGCAGACGCAGGACUUACUGCCGCCGACCCAAUGGUACCCGGGCAUCGCUGCUCAGGGACCGGGCCGUCAGGCUGCCAGGUGGGCAAUCCAACCUAAAAGGACACGUAUGACGCCAGAGCCGGAGUUGUUCCGGCGGGCCGACUAG